UAUUACAUUGCAUUUAACUGCAUUGCUUUGCCAGGCUUCAAUAAGAAAAACAAACUUGGGGGAUACAGAAGAAAAACAAACAAACAAACAAACAUACUUUAUGCUAUUUAUUGGAGGUAGUAAUGACAAUAGUAAACAUAAAAUCAAAAGUGAACACUAAAGUCCAAAACAUCGUUAUUAGCCUACACAGACGGAAGAAUAGAAGAAGGAUGGUGAAGCCAUAAGAAAGAGAGACACUAACAUUUCGGUUUCAUUUACUCUAUUAUGAUAAUAAUUAUGAACAUGUUUUUAAUGGACUUUUUUUUGUUUUAUUAUUAAAAAAAAAAACUUUUGCGGAAGUCUCGUACUUCCGCCGGAACUCUCCGUUACUGUUUACUAAAAGUUGGUUGCUAAGGACGCGCAGUGACGUGCUGUCUGCGGUGAAACACUGGAGAUGCGCUCGAAUAAACCGCAGGACGCUCGCAAUAAAGCGCUGUCUGCGCGGAUCCUUCCGCCUGCGGUACUCAGCUAUCAGCAGCAUCUGGCAGCAGUGCGGUCUUUACUGCCCCACAGACUGAGCAACACGUCUGAGUUAUCCAGUGAUCUUCAGAAAGCACUGAAUGUGGACUCGUUGAAACCAAACCCAUCCAAACCUGAUGCUCGUCUGCAGCUGCGCGCUCCGGUUCUGUCCUGUGACAGCCAGCUCUCGGCUGCAGGUCGCUGUGUCUUCUCUCUUCCUGUGGCUCUUCCUGUGGGGAUGGUGGUGGAUCUGGGGCCCCAGGUGUAUCGUGUGAAGAGGGCCACACACAGCGCGGGGUCCACGUCCCCUCAGAGCAAAGCAGCGCUCGCUCACACACGCGGAAGUCUGCGUGACAGUUCCGUCCCGUGUUUCCCGUCUGCCUUCAGCUUCAGAGAUGACAUCACUUCCUGCCCAGAGAGACUGGAUCUGGACCGGCGUGGGCUGACGGAUGUCCCUCAUCUGGACUCGGCUGAGAAUCUGCGUCUCCUCAACAUGCAGCACAACCUUGUCUCACACCUGCAGGACCUGCUUCACCUGCAGCGCCUCGUGGUCCUCGAUCUCUAUGACAACCGUGUGAUUGACAUGUGUGGAGUCUCCUCCCUCACCUCGCUGCGUGUGCUGCUGCUCGGGAAGAACAGAAUCCAGAGGAUCUGUGAUGUGGACGGCCUCACUAGACUUGACGUUCUGGACUUACAUAGUAAUCAGAUCUCUCAGAUUGAGAAUGUGUCUCGUUUGUGGAAGCUUCGUUUGUUGAAUCUCUCUGGAAACCGCAUCACUCGAGUGGAGAAUCUGCAGGGUCUGACCUGUCUGACCGAACUGAACCUGCGACACAACAGCAUCACGUCUGUGACGGAUGUGGAGAAUCUUCCUCGUCUGCAGCGUCUGUUUCUCAGCGCUAACAGCAUCAGCAGGUUUGAUGCGCUGGCCUGUCUGUGGACCUGCCGCUCUCUGAGUGAGCUGAGCGUUGAUGGGAAUCCCGUCGCGCUGGAGUCAUGCUACAGACAGACUCUCCUCCGCUGCUGCUCGCCACACCUUCAGCUGCUCGACAUGAAGCGCGUCACAGAGGAGGAGAGACGCACGGCGAGUGUUUCAGCACGGAAGGAGGAAGAGAAGAAGAAAGAGAGUCACAAACAGGCUGCGCACAAGGAAAGACGUCGACUCGCAAUCCAGAAUGCAGCACAGCAGUGGGAGGGGCUAAAAGCCUGCCUUGAGCUUCCUGCACAGAAUGGCUCAAAGGAAGACAUCAGUCCAGAAUACAGCCCUGCCCACAGCCCCGCCCAGACCAAUGGGAACACGCAGGAGACAUCGCCAGACGAGCCCAGACGCUUGAGUCCGCUCACAGUCUCAGCCGGAGGGAAUGAGAGCAGGUUACGAUCGGCCAGUCGACCAAACAGCCCCAGAGACCCCAGGCCGCAGGACGCCGGCGGGCCCAACGUUCAGAGUCUGUCCAUGUCUGACAUUCACCUGGCGGAGCUGGACGGCGAGACGCUGCGUCUGUUCGGCCCCGGGGCCCUGGAGACUCUGGAUCGCUGCUGGGGCGUUCAGACGGCCGCGAGCGUCACUGCCGUCGCCUUCAGAUACAUGCACUUCGACUCCAUCAUUCCCAUGUUCCUGCGCAUCCGCCUCAAGUUCCCAAACCUCACGCACCUGAUGUUCAUGGAGACGAGCAUCACUCAUCUCCCUCAGCUGGCGGCUCUGGCUCAGGUGCGGCGUCUGGAGCAGAUCACUGUUGAUCCGGAGGGGAAUCCUGUGGUGAGACUGACGCUCUGGAGAUCCUUCCUCAUCUACAGACUGCAGCACCUCAGCCUGCAGAAGAUCAACGGCACCGAGGUCACCAUGAAUGAGAUCAUGGCCUCGGAGCGGAUGUUCGGUGCUCUGGGUCACGUCGCUGCUACAGAAACGCCACGCUGCCGCCUGCUGCUGCUGCUGGAGGAGUCCAGGAAGCGGCAGCUGCAGUUCCUGCUGGACGGACGUGGACGCAGAAGCGGUCAGAGUCCAGACGACCUGAAGGAGAACGGCAAACAGCUGGGAGACACUUUGAGCCGAGCACUCUUCAGCUACCCCAGCAGACUCUCUGACAGCCCUGAGGAGGCCGGCGCUGACGCCUCGGAGCGCUCAGAGAUGGUGCAGCAGUAUCUUCGAGGGCUGAUCCACAGAGCAUCCGCUCACUGCGUGAAGGCAGACGCUCUGCAGAAGCUCUGGCCGUCGCUCUUCAGUGAGAUCGUGAGAGACUGUGUUCUGGAGAUGAGAGACAGACAGGCCUUCAGACAGACACGCCUCCAGCGGCUCCACAGCCAAUCACAGACAUGAACACUGAUGUACACUGUACACUGUUAUCGGAGUCGAUCUGCUC